GCGUUAUUCUGGCCCCGCUUUACCGGGCCCGGCUUCAUCCCGGCCCGGCUUUACCGGACCCGCUUCACUCCGGCCCGGCUUUACUGGGCCCGGCUUCACCCAGGCCCGGCUUUACCGGGCUCGCUUUACCCCGGCUCCGCUUCACUCCGGCCCGGCUUUACCGGCCCCGCUUCAUUCUGGCCCCCCUUUACCGGGCGUGGCUUCAUCCCUGCCCGGCUUUACCGGGCCAGGCUCUACCGGGCCCGCUUCACCCCAGCCCGGCUUUACCGGGCCCGGCUUCACCCCGGGCCGGCUUCACCCCGGGCCGGCCUUACCGGCCCCGCUUCACCCCGGCCCCGCUGUCCCGGGCCCGGCGUCACCUCGGCCCCGGGCCCCGCCGGCUCUGUCCCCUCGGCACCGUCCGUGCCCCCGCUCCCGAGGAAGGAAGGAGAAUGUCCCAGAAACAGCUGAAGGAAGCCUUUAUCAGCAACCUAAACGGAACGAGUUUGCUGGAAAUUUCUGCAGGCUUGUCCCUGCCUCCGCUGUGCCUGCUCUGCAGAGGGCUCCUCCUGAUCCUGCACUACCUGCACCGUGGAAAACCUGUCAGCUCAAGGAAGUACAGCCUGCUGCUAGACUUCCUGCUGCUGGUGUCUCCUCUCCUCUUCGCCUGCACUGUCUUGUCUUCAAUCAUCUUUUUCAUACCAGUUAUCCUUGCUGCCUUCUGUGCUGGAAUAUUUUUCAAAAUAUACAGCCAGAGAAAACGGGAGGCCAGAACACCCUUUGGGCAAAUUGUAAAAGAGUUCCAGGAGGCACGCUUGGAUGCCGAGAGCAUUCCAGCAAUAACUGUGUUCCGUGUUUAUAUCAACGUGCUGACGUCCAUCAGCAUUUUGGCCGUGGAUUUCCCGCAGUACCCCCGGCGAUACGCCAAGGCCGAGACCUACGGCACCGGCGCCAUGGAUCUGGGGGUGGGAGCCUUUAUCUUUGGAAACGCUCUCGUUUGCCCCGAGGUCCGACAGAAAUCUCACACCACGCAGCCCAGGUUCUCCAGCCUGGCCAGGCAGGUGUUCGCUGUGUGGCCGCUGGUUUCCCUCGGUGUUGGGCGGCUGCUGAGCGUUAAAUCCAUCGAGUACCACGAGCACACCUCGGAGUACGGCGUGCACUGGAACUUCUUCUUUACCUUGGCCUUGGUGAGACUCGCAGCCUCGCUGCUUUUAGCCAUAUUCCCCAGACAUAGGGCUUGGCUUGUGGCUGUAGCUGUGGCUGUGCUUUACCAGCUCCUCCUCAGCAGCACCUCUCUGAAGGGGUUCAUCCUGCACGGCAGCGACGGCACGGGCUCCCGGCUCGGCUUCCUCGAUGCCAACCGCGAAGGGCUGCUCUCCCUCUGUGGCUACCUGGCCAUCUACCUGGCGAGCGUGCAGGUGGGGCUGUGGCUGCUGCAGCGCAGGGGCUCUGUCAGGGAAUGGCUGGAGGCCCUGAGGGGGCUGGCUCUGGCUCUUCUGGCGCUGUGGGUGCUGCUGCAGCUGUGCCAGAUGUGCACGGAGCCCGUGUCCCGCCGCAUGGCCAACCUGCCCUUCUGCACCUGGGUGCUCGCCCACUGCCUGCUGCUGCUGGGAUUCUUUGUGCUCACCGACCUCACCCUGGUGUUCACAAAGCUGCUGGUCAGAGGGUCCAGUGUGCCCUGCUGCUGGAAGGUUGUGCAGCCCCCAGAUUCCAGGAAAAAGCACGGAAUGGAGGCUGUGCCGGUGGGAAGGCAAGACAAGCUGUCACAGCUAUGCCUGAUUAGUGCUAUUAACAAAAAUCAAUUACUGUUUUUCUUGCUAGCCAAUGUUAUGACUGGUGCUGUGAACAUCCUGAUAGACACAAUCCACAGCAAGGCUGCCUUUACAUUAUGCAUACUGCACUUUUACAUGUUUUUUAACUGUUUAGUUAUGUAUAUAUUGCAUGACAGAAAUAUAGUAUUAAAGUUUUGGUGAUUCCACUUUGGCUGAGUGGACUAGCUGGACUUUGUUUGCUGUGGUUGAAUGAUGGUAUUCAAUGGAAAAAGCAGUGUUUUUCCUGGAUGUGUUGCAAUAAUUUAUAAUUUAGCAGAGCUUUUUAUUAUUUAGUGUUGAUUACUUUUUAAUGGUUCAUCUUACCAAAUUAUACAGUUGAUGAUCUUACCUGUUGGGAGCUGUUGCACAUUAUCCUGAAAACUUAGAUUUGGAGAUUGCUGAAUAUUCCUGCUGCUCCUGAGAGUAAAUUGUAUUUACAGUUAGCGAACUGUGCUCAUACCCAAGGAAUUAGAUAACGAGGUAGAGUAGAAACCAGAUGAAAAGAAGAUGAGUA